AUGGCUUUCCAUUCUCCUUUCGCCCAAGACCACCCGAUGCAUCUGCACGGUCACGACUUUUGGGUCCUGGGCUCCGGUUAUGGCGAAUUUGACUCCUCAAAUCCCAACAGUCUCACGCUGGUGGAUGCGCCGCGACGAGAUGUCGCAAUGAUGCCAGCUAGUGGCUACUUGGUCAUUGCAAUCAAGACUAACAAUCCUGGUGCGUGGCUUAUGCACUGCCACAUCGCCUGGCACACCUCUGAAGGAUUUGCUGUCCAGAUACUCGAGCGUGAAUCAUAG